AUGGAAAGUUUAGAUGAUAUUAUAGAAGAUGUGAAUAAAAAUAUUAAAAAAGUAUUUUUAGCAGGGGUUGCGCCUGAAUUCCGACAAGAAGCCUAUAUAAUUGGUCUUAAAUUGACAUUGGAUAGAUUGGCACGAGAGGUAGAGUUUGCGCAAAAAGAUGAUUGUUCUUCUAAGCCAGCCAGUCCGGAGCACAUUUUUAAUAUACCGGAACUAUUAGAACAGGUUUUACAUUUCUUAGCGAUAGAUAAAUCUCUCUAUCCUGCCCUAUUUGUUUGCCAGCAUUGGUACAGAUGCGGUGCUCCUAUUCUAUGGGAACGCAUCGAGCUAAAGGGAAACGAAGCAGAGGACUUUGAAAAAAGUAUAGAUCCUACUGGUGAAGCUCUAAAGCUAAUGGCGAAAUCAUACCCAAAUUUGAAGUAUCUCAAUAUAUCCGCUUUAUACAAUAGAUUUAGACCAAAAAAUGAUAUAGAUCUAACUGCAAUCGCAAAUUCAUGCAACAAACUAGAAUAUCUAAAUAUUUCUAAUCGCACAGAGUUUUCUGAAAUAUCAAUUUCUCGGCGCCUUCAAAGACUUUUAGAUCUAAAUUUGCGGUUGUAUUCCGAUCCAUGGUUGACUAGAUCAACAGUCCGGA